AUUUUACACGACAUAUCCUCAUUUCAAACAGUUAUGUAAAUCAAAUAACGUCAUGAAAACACUCCAAGUUACAAAAAAAAUGCGAUAAGAAUUGGAAAAAUGAUGAGAGACAAUCCAUUCAGUCCAGAAGAACGCCUUACAAAAUGGACACAAUUUGCAAUUGAUCAUGGAGUUUUGGAAGAGUUACACGUGGAAGGAUCAAGAUUAAAUACAAUUAUUUAUUAUAAUCUUGAUGUUAUUGCUUUUGUUCUUAUAAUUUUUGUAGUAAUUCUUUACGUUUUCAUUUGCGUGCUCAGAUUUUUGUGUUGUAGAAAGGGAACACAAUUUGC